UGUAGAUAAAGAGCUGCAAGGCCCCACACAGACGAUAUCAAGCAGUCUUUUUCGAAUAUCAGGAAUAGAAAGACGUUGGGGGUUUGAAUCUUGGCGUUUUGUUUAAUUUUAAGUCUUACACGCAUAAUCCUGUGUUUCCGAUCCUUAGGCUAUCGAUCCGGGUUCUCGGAUUGUCUGACCUGCACGCUUGGGAGCUCGGUUGGGUAUGGCUGCCUCGGUGCCCAUAGGUAAAACGAUCUAUUGCGGGACUUUUGCUCAUUGCAGGUCGCUCUCGGAACUCGAUAUCUGUGCCAAGGGUGCUAUUGGCGUUGAUGAGGCUGGCGUUAUCGCUUUUAUUGAGCGAGAAGUAGAAGAGAUUGAGGAUGUAAUAAAGAAGUACGAUGGUUGGAACGAUGCAGAGGUUUUGCAAAGUGGGGAGAGCGGGUUUUUCUUCCCUGGGUUCAUCGAUACCCACACACAUGCCUCUCAACACCCCAAUACCGGACUCUUUGGCAAAACGACUCUCCUAUCCUGGCUAGAAACAUACACUUUCCCCAUGGAAUCUUCACUCUCCUCGCUGUCCAAAGCCGCUACUGUCUACUCAAACUUCGUCUCCCGUACCCUUUCCCACGGAACCACGACAUGUGCAUACUACGCCACCAUCCAUGUCCCCACAACCAAUCUACUCGCCGACAUCUGCCUGAAAAGAGGACAAAGAGCACUCGUAGGCCGGGUUUGUAUGAACAUGAUGAGUCCGGAGUACUACCGAGACGCAAGUGUCAGUGACGCUGUUAAAGAUUCAAAAGCGUCUAUCGACUACAUCCGGUCCAUAGAUCCAUCUGGAGAUAUCGUGAAGCCGAUAAUAACACCUCGCUUCGCACCAUCCUGUACAGCAGAAUGCCUCGCCGGCCUAGGGCAGCUAGCGAAAGAAACAGGCACAUCUAUUCAAACCCACAUAUCCGAAAAUAAGCCCGAGGUCCAGCUAGUCAGGGAGUUAUUUCCCGAAUCAAAGAGUUACACAGAUGUCUACGACACAGCUGGCCUGCUAACCCCCAAGACCAUACUCGCACACGCCGUCCAUCUCUCCGCCGAAGAAGUCCAAACGCUCAAGCAAAGCGGGACAAAGAUCUCCCACUGCCCUGCCUCCAACACCGCCUUAACAUCCGGAUGUGCACCAGUACGACAGCUGCUCGAUGUGGGCCUGACAGUCGGACUCGGCACUGACGUUUCCGGUGGCUUCUCUCCCUCCAUCCUUGAGGAAUGCCGUCAGGCGAUCUGGGUCUCGCGCUUCGUCGCCAUGAACACUGCAGACGAUGCAAAGCUCUCCACGGAAGAGGUGCUAUACCUCGCCACCCGCGGUGGCGCACAGGUCGUUGGACUAGAUGGGAAAGUCGGAGGGUUUGAUGUUGGCAUGGAGUGGGAUGCGCAGCACAUUUGCCUUGGGGCCGUGAAGGAGGGAGGGGAGCAGGAAGGCAGGUUUGCGGGGAAUGUGGAUUUGUUUGGGUUUGAGACGGCCGAAGAUAGGGUGAAUAAAUGGGUUUACAGUGGGGAUGACAGGAAUACCAAGAGCGUUUGGGUGAGGGGGCGGUUGGUGCAUCGGAGGUAGAUGGAGGAAGGGCAUGGGAAAUUUUGGAUGUGUUAGCGUUUGGGUCGUUUAGAGGAAUGCAAUUCAUUGAUGUCUACUAGCAGAGAGAAGAACUUCGAAGUUUG